AUGAUUCGAAAACUAGUGGUGAAUAAAGAAAUAAAUAAUCUUCCAGUGGCAUUUGAAGCGAAGAUUGGGGCAGGGCGACUCCAAUACCUAGCGGCGGCGGCAGAGACAGCGGUGCCGGAGGACAAUUCGAGAUUGAAACUUGUAAACCCGAAGAGGCGUAUUAUAAAGAAGAAAAAAAACGUAUGUGAACACGGCAGGCAGCGUUAUACGUGCAAAGAAUGCGGGGGCGCGGGAAUAUGUGAACACGGCCGAGAAAAGCGGAGGUGCAAGGAGUGCGGCGGAACAUCUCUUUGCAAGCACGGCCUGAGACGGUAUAGCUGUAAACAUUGUGGCAGUAAUAAUGGCAUAUGUGAACAUGGUAAGGAACGGCGUCGGUGCAAGGACUGCGUUGGUGUCGCAAUGUGCAAACACAAACGGGAAAAACGUUACUGCUUAGAAUGUGGUGGCUCUUCUCUUUGUACACACGGUCGGCAGAAGAGUAAGUGCAAAGAUUGCGGUGGCGCGUCUAUUUGUCUUCACAACAGACUGAAAUACACGUGUAAACAGUGUGGCGGUGCUUCCAUCUGUGAACAUGGUCGUAUGAGAAGUCAAUGUAAAGACUGUGGGGGGGCUGCGAUUUGUGAGCACGGACGGGCACGACAUAGGUGCAAAGAGUGUGUUUAUUCUAGAUCGGCAACUAAAUACAGGAGGCUCGAUGAAGAAUGCUGA